GCACAAUGUAAAUUUAUUUUUUCAUAAUUUAUGGAAGUUAUUAACAUAUUUGCAAUCGGGCAUGCAAGUUUAUCGUUUACAAAUACUGAUUACGUAAUUCGUUUUACAAAUGCAAGUUGUAUUCGCCGCGUUCUUCCGCUCACGUUUAGGGUUACCUGUCGUACGACAAACUUUUCCAACGCGUUGAUUGGCUGCAAGAUAGAGAAUUUUGGAGCACAAUGAUGCAGACUCCGAAAAAUUGCGCAUGUGCGAGAGAUACUACAUUCGCAUUGUACCCAGCCAUACCCAGCUGUGCCGGACUCCGGAGUAGAGGACUGAUUUGACACAUCUCUCUCGAAAAAAGAGCCUUCCUGGUCGCGUAUUCCAAUUUUCUUCGGCAGGACAAUGGCGCUCAGUCCUGCAACAACAUCGAAAUUAAGGAACAGAGAUUGCGCGAAUAAAAUCAGACACGGCGCGCCCAAGCUGCAGGAUGUGCUACGAGAGAGAUGUCGCCAGAGAAUGCGAGAGAAGCGGGGUCAGUUAUUUAACAAACACAGAUUCAGCUUGGAACCUAAAUCGACACAUGUGCAGGACACAUUAGCAGAAAUAGUACAUCAAGAAUUUAAGAAUCUGACAAUGACAAAGGGAACGUUCAAAGAGAUUGACGAGCCUCUCACUCAGGAAGAGGCAAUUGAAUUAGAAAACGAAAUUAUUUAUGAGCAAGAACAAUGGAUAUUCCAAGAAUAUGAGAAGCUUUUACAAGAUGAAAUUGAAUACUUAGUGACAUAUGCCGACAACGAGAAUAGAGAGGUGUUCUGUCCUAUGUGCCAGAAAGCGAUACUAACAGAGGAAAAUAAUUGUGUGAGUUGUCUAGUCUGCGGACUAAAAUUGACAGGUCGUACCAUACAGGAAGUGAGGCAUUUAAUUAACAAGAGUGUAAAUACCCAUGCGUUUAGUUGUGUCAAGACGCCGGUGUUCUUGAUAAUACCUGAUAAUUGUAAUCUCAAUUUGUAUCUGACGUGCCAUGAUUGUUCCACUUUGGCACUAAUCUGUUGAUUACUUAUUUGGUGGUCUUUAAUUUUUCAAAAUGAAAACAAAACUGCUGGAUAAUUAACAUUUGUGUAAAAAUAUUAAAUGCUAUCAAUAUCCAUGUCCAAAGAUGGAGAUAAUAAUUGUAAAGAAAUGUAAUUAUAAUUUGCAUUAUAUAGAAUAAGCUUUAAUGCUAAUUAUAAUUCUUCUGGCAUUAGGCUUUCUUAUAAUGAAAUAUUUAUAAACUUAAUUUAUGUAUCUUUUUUUCAAUUUAUAAAAAUCGAAUAAAAAUUAGUUACCAAGUUACAUCAAACAAUAAAUAUAUUCAUUAUGACAACCUUUGAUAUUUCAUUUUCAAUGCAAACUACUUCAAAAAAACAUUUUUCGAAUGUUAUAAAAGAUUGUAUAACAUAUUUGUAUUUUAAUUUUUUGCUUGUUUUAAUUUUAAUAUAAAUAUUCAAACAUUCUUAGUACAAUUGUUUAUAAUAGAAGCAACGGUCACAUGAGAAGGUGUAAAGAAAAAAUGCACUAGUUUAGAUCUCUUCAUGUUGUUAUAACAUCUGAAUAAUAACAUGGGAAUUUUACGAUUAUAUGAUACAUAUUGUACAAAAAAAAACAUCCCUUCGAUGAGUUUACUUAUAUUAUUUAUCACUUAUGCAUUGUACAUACACGAUGUAAGUUGAGUGUGGGCAUCUAUAUAUUGUAUAUAAAAAAAUAUUCUUUAUGCUCUAAAACAAAACAAAUCAACAGAACGAAGUAUCAAUUGACAAUAAAGUGUCAAUUUGAAAAGAAAUUCAACUUUUAAAGAAUUAUGUCUUCUCUUAACAUCAGACUAUAUAUACAAUAUUUUAUAUCAACAUAACGUUACAAUAUGCAGAAGCCCUUUGUAGCUUAAGCUACGUUCGGUGUUCAAAUCUUUUGCAAAUGAUUUGUACAUUAUCACAUGAAUUUUCAUAUUAAAGAUCUCAUUUUAAUAAUA